AUGGCCCUAAUUUUAGUCAUGGGUUUGCCGGCUUCUGGAAAAUCCACAUUUUGUCAAAAAAUGAGGGAUUAUGAGCCGGAACUAGUUGCGACAACUUCAUUUGAUGAGUUCAGACAAGUUGUGAAUGGUGAUGGGUGAGUUUUGAACUGGAUUUAAGCAUUUCUCAGGUUAAUGGGAAAUUUAGCUGGAAAAUUUGAGUCUUGCAACGAUUUUCUGGAUUACUGUAGUUAAAUCUAGAAUUCAAAAAAUUUAAGCAUUGCUCAGAUUAUAUGGAACAUUUGAAUCUUGACACGAUUUCUUGGGUUACUGUAGCUUCCCUGAAAUACUGUAGCUAAAUCUAAAAUUCAAAAAAAAAUUGGCAGUGCUCAGGUUAAUUUCCAACAAACUUUUCUAAAUUUAUAGUUUUAAAAUUUUCCAUAGAAACUUUUUAAGGUUCAAAUUAAAAUUUAAUUUAUUCAGGCUCCAAUUAAGAAUCAAUUAAUUAAGGUUUGAAUUCAAAUUUAAUUUAUUAGAGUUUAAAUUUAAACUUAAUUUAUCGAGUCUAACCUUUUCCCCAAAAAACUCCCCAAAAAUCAUUCCAGGUCUGCCCGUGCAACUCGAAAAUCCUUCGAAACCCACUGCAACUUAACCAUCCCCUCUUCAAAUAAACCAAUCCAAUUCAUCGAAGACAUUUUCUAUCUGCAAAGUAUGCGAAGACCAUUCCAAAAAUUGGCUAGAAACCUGAAUUGCAGUUUUCAUGUGAUAUUUUUGAGAGUCGAUGUAGAAGAGGCGAUGAGGAGAAAUUCAAAAAGAUCUGGGGAUUUAAGACAGCCAGAUGAAACAAUUCAAAAGAUUCAUGAUAAUCUGGAAUUCUCCGAUGAUUUCACUGUUCUAAGCUCCGAAGAAUCUAGAAGUUUAACAUUGCAUCAACUUUUUACUGAGAAAUUUCGAAUAGAUCUUCCAACUCGCAUACCUUUUCUUCCAAUCAAACCUAUUCCUUCUGGAAAUUCAUCCCUUGAUUCGCUAGAUGUUAUUACUCGAAGAAUGGUAUCCGAAAUUAUUCAGGAGAAUCCAACAAUCAAUAUGAAACAUUUAAAUGAAGCCAGGAAGCGAAUUUUCAAAAAUUUAAAAGUUCAUAGUUCUGAAAAUAUUUGUUUAGGUGAUAUCAAACUAGAAAUUUUAAACGAGUACAAUAAAUAUUGA